AUGAGAUGGAAUGGUACUACUAAUUCCAUCUCAUUUAACUUCCCGAAUUUCCAUCCAAACGAACGUGGAAUACAUUAUGAAAACGAUUCAACCAGGAACGACAACCUUAUUGACCUCACCAAGAACUCUGCCGAUGAUACCAACAGAGAUAGUGUUGGCCGUGCAACAUACUCACAACCAAUACAACUUUGGGAUGAAACCACUGGAAGGAUCACAGAUUUUGUUACACACUUCUCAUUCAUCAUAAAAGGACUGAAUGAGACUUCUUAUGGUGAUGGUAUGGCUUUUUUUCUUGCACCAUUUGAGUCUGAUCUUCCUCCAAAUUCUCACGGGGGAUCUCUUGGCCUAUUGAAUGCUAACGUGUCUCAAAAGAACUUGACGACGAAUCAAAUUGUUGCGGUUGAGUUAGACAAUUAUAAAAAUUCGUUUGAUCAUAUCUCUGAUCAUGUUGGUAUCGACGUUAACUCGAUAGUAUCUGUGGCUACAAAGUCAUUUGCUAUUGGUAGUAUAAGGGAUGGUAGAAAAUCUAAUGCUUGGGUAAGUUAUAACUCUACUACGAAAAACUUGAGUGUUUUUCUAACUUAUGAUGAAAAUCCUGUUUUCAAUGGGGAUUCCACUUUGUUUUAUAUUGUUGAUCUAAGCAAGAUUCUACCGGAGCAAAUUCGUGUUGGAUUUUCAGCGGCCACCGGAUGGGGUAUUGAAACUCAUAAAGUCCUUUCCUGGCAAUUCAAUUCUACUUUAGAAUUAAUCGACGCAAGAAAACAUAAUACAACUGAUGAAGGACAAACUGAUAGUAUAGGAAAAGGUAAUAAAACUGGAUUGGCGGUUGGCCUUGGUGUUGGCCUGGGUGUUUUAGGAUGUGGGGUUGGUUUUGCUUUGUUUAUAUGGUUUAAGAAGAGGCGCGGGCCAAGGAACUUUGAGGAUGAGGCAGAAGAUUCUGAUAUGUCAAUGGAUGAUGCAUUUGAGAAAGGAACCGGACCGAAGAAAUUCUCAUAUAGCGAACUGGUUCUUGCAACGAAUAAUUUUGAUGAGGGAGGAAAACUUGGACAGGGAGGAUUCGGCGGAGUGUACAAAGGUUUAUUGAGUGAUCUAGGCCUAAAUAUUGCUGUUAAGAGGGUUUCAAAAGGACCACAACAAGGGAAAAAAGAAUACCAAUCAGAAGUGAAGAUUAUUAGUCAGCUAAGACACAAAAAUCUGGUUCAGCUCAUAGGUUGGUGCCACAAAAGAAAUGAAUUGCUUCUUGUUUACGAGUUCAUGCCAAACAGAAGUCUCGGUAAACAUUUAUUUCAAGGAGAAAAUGCUCUCACUUGGGAGGUCAGGUACAAAAUUUCUCUUGGUUUAGCUUCUGCGUUGUUAUAUUUACAUGAAGAAUGGGAACAAUGUGUAGUACACCGAGAUAUCAAAUCAAGUAAUGUAAUGUUGGAUUCAAAUUUUAAUGCAAAACUUGGCGAUUUCGGUUUAGCGAGGCUUGUUGAUCAUGAUCUAGGUUCUCAAACAACAGUUUUUGCCGGAACCAUGGGUUACUUAGCACCUGAAUGUAUUGCUACGGGUAAAUCAAGUAAGGAAUCUGAUGUUUAUAGCUUCGGAAUUGUAGCGCUUGAGAUUGCUUGUCGGAGGAAACCGGUUGAAGGAAUCAGGGGUGUCUUAGUAGAGUGGGUCUGGGAACUCUACGGAAGUGGGAAGAUCAUUGAAGUUGCCGACCAUAGAUUGAAUAUGGAGUUUGAUGAGAAACAGAUGGAGAAUUUGAUGGUCCCGGGGUUAUGGUGUGCUCAUCCUGACCAUAAAUCCAGACCUUCUAUUAGGCAAGUGAUCAAUGUUCUUAAUUUUGAAUCUCCGUUGCCAAUUCUUCCAUCGAAGUUGCCUACUCCGGUGUAUUAUGCACCACCGAUUCAUAUGUUUGAUCUCACUUCAACAUCGUCUUAUGGUGGUUGCAGAAAUUCGCAGACAAAUGGUAGCCAGUGUACUUGCAGUAGUUGUUCCAAUGCGAAUUCGUCUCAGAUGACAAUGCCUUCUGCUGGUUCUUCCCCUUCAAAAUGCUCUUUUAAAUUCUUAUUAAACUUCAUUUUUGGUUAUUUUGUAAAAUUCUGA